UAAUUCAUUAGCUAAACAAACCUUAUACCAAAUAAGUUGAUUGUAAAAUCGAGACAUUUAUAUAUUCUAGUGAAACAUGAUGCAUUUGAAAGCUUUUUUAUUUUUUUUAGUUUUGAACAAAGUUUUAUCAAGCGCUUCCUCCGACAAAGAAAAAUGGUACAUACCAACUGAUAAUGACCCGUUCAUUAAGGAUUAUUUACACCUGGAAACCAGCUUGAGACAUGCAUUUCUCAACAUAACCACCACUUUGAAUGACCAUGAACGGAGAAAAGAUCAAACAGUAAGCAAAUAUGUAACAGUGAAAGAUAUGGAACGUAUCGCUAAGGACAUAGUUGCGAAUAUAUCUGAACUGUUUAAAAACAACGAGAAUGAACUUCAAGACAAACCAAUAGCGCGAGAUUGCAGUGAUGUGCACAAUCUAGGAAAUAACAAAACUGGGACAUAUUUGAUCUAUCCAACUUCUAUUUUUACUGGAAUACGAGUGCGUUGCGAUAUGGAAACAUCUGGCGGAGGAUGGACUAUUAUACAGAGGCGUAUAUUCAAAAGUGACUUUUAUCGCACAUGGGAUCAAUAUGCAGCAGGGUUUGGAAAUCUAGAAACAAAUUUCUGGCUCGGCAAAGACAAUAUACAUAGCUCAUUUUCCAAAGGAAAAAAACUUCCUCCUUUAAGCAAAAGGGGAAGGGAGAAAUUCUCCACAUUCGACAAGGACAACGAUAUACACAGUAAGAGUAACUGUGCUCAGAAUUACCAUGGAGCGUGGUGGUAUUCAGCAUGUCAUACUUCAAAUCUUAAUGGAGACUAUGGAAACAUGAAAACAGCAAUGGGCCCUGUUUGGCAACCAUGGAAAGGAUAUAAUUCUCCAAUGAAAAAGACAGAGAUGAAGAUUCGACGAGUUUAGAUACUUGAAGCUGUAUAACAGUUUAUCAUGUUCUGUUAUGAACUGUAAAUAUUAAAGUCAUCUAAUACAAUAUUAGUUUUUUUGUCACACAAAUAAUUUAUGCACUAUUUUGCGUGUCGAGACUUUGUCAUGAUUCAACAUUUUGUUUCUUCGCGAUAGGUUAAUUUUAAACAUUCCGCGUUUUUAGUACUUACCCUUUUUUUUCUGCUGAAAUUCACUUUUUCUGCCGUAAUUCAAUAUCUAAAGACGUUGCCUGUUAUGCCUUAGCAUCUGAAAAUAUUUGACAUAUAAAUUAUAUGAACAAUGAUCCAUACCCACUGCACUCCGGUUAAGGCAAAAUACAAAUAUAAUACAUUUUAUAACACAAUUUCCGGAUAUUAUCACAUUUGUUUUGCAUUGAACUACAAACAAUACAUGCUUCAUUUUUUUUGCUCUGUCCAUGCGACUUUGGUGAUUAUGAAUAGCAUAAUAAAUUUAUAUAGUAUUUACAUAUCCUUGGUAAAAACAUUUCUGCAUGCAUAUGUUUAUUUUAUAACUGCUAGAAUAAGUAAAUGUUUUCUGUUA